GCCAAUCGGCGGGCGCCUUGUUGGUUGUGCUCCGUGCCGGUGCCGAGGAGCGGGCGGCAGGAUGGUUCUGGAGAGCACCAUGGUCUGUGUUGACAACAGCGAGUACAUGAGGAACGGGGACUUCCUCCCCACCCGCCUGCAGGCCCAGCAGGACGCUGUCAACAUCGUCUGCCACUCCAAGACCCGCAGCAACCCCGAGAACAACGUGGGGCUCAUCACGUUGGCCAAUAACUGUGAGGUGUUGACCACGCUCACUCCGGACACGGGACGGAUCCUUUCAAAGCUACACACGGUGCAGCCCAAAGGGAAGAUCACCUUUUGCACAGGGAUCAGAGUCGCUCAUCUGGCUCUGAAGCAUCGCCAAGGCAAGAACCACAAGAUGCGAAUCAUUGCCUUUGUGGGGAGCCCUGUGGAAGAUAACGAGAAAGAUCUGGUGAAACUGGCGAAGCGUCUGAAGAAAGAGAAGGUCAAUGUGGACAUCAUCAAUUUUGGAGAAGAGGAAGCCAACACAGACAAGCUGACUGCCUUCAUCAACACCUUAAACGGCAAGGAUGGCACCGGCUCCCACCUGGUGACGGUGCCACCAGGGCCCAGCCUGGCCGAUGCCCUCAUCAGCUCCCCCAUCCUGGCUGGAGAGGGUGGUGCCAUGCUGGGCCUCGGCGCCAGUGACUUCGAGUUUGGGGUGGACCCCAGUGCAGACCCGGAGCUGGCGCUGGCUCUGCGUGUCUCCAUGGAGGAGCAGAGGCAGCGGCAAGAGGAGGAGGCCAGGAGGGCUGCGGCUGCCUCUGCGGCUGAGGCUGGGAUUGCAGCCACGGCUGGGGAUGAUUCGGAUGAUGCUUUGCUGAAGAUGACGAUAACUCAGCAGGAGUUUGGCCGGGCUGGGCUGCCCGACCUCAGCAGCAUGACGGAGGAGGAGCAGAUUGCUUACGCCAUGCAGAUGUCUCUGCAGGGAGCAGAGUUUGCCCAGGCGGAGGCAGCAGAAGUGGACAGCAGCACAGCCAUGGACACCUCUGAACCCGCUAAGGAGGAGGAUGACUAUGACGUGAUGCAGGACCCCGAGUUCCUGCAGAGCGUGCUGGAGAACCUGCCCGGCGUGGACCCCAACAACGAGGCCAUCCGCAACGCCAUGGGCUCGCUGGCCUCGCAGGCCUCCAAGGAGAGCAAGGACAAGAAGGAGGACGAGAAGAAGUGAGGCCCGGGGGGGGGGGGUCUCUGCUGGAGAGGGGCAAUAAAGGCUUCUAUGGGC